UUUUCAACUGUAUCAAAACACAUUGAAAACUGUACGUUUAAAUACCUAAUUUGUGAUUUUGCUACAAUCUACGACAGUUGAACGGGGAAAAAACCUGGAUUACAUCGAAUAUUUUCAAGUCUGUGAAUGAUAGAUACAUCAAACGCAUUCAUUAUGUGUAAAAAACACUAAUGUUUGACUUCUUGUUAAAAGUUCAUUCGGAACGAAUACCAAGACAACAACAAUAAUAACAACAAUAGAAACAAACUCAUCAAUUAUUGCUGAAAAGCAAACAAAAGAAUGGAGGUUCGAUUUGUAAAUGAUAAUUAUUUUUUAUUAUCAAUUCACUGAUAACUGGAAUUAAAGACUAUACAUAAUUACUAGUAUUAAAUCCCAUCGUAAACAUGGGGAAUAAAUGUUGUAGUCAUCGGCAGGAUACCGAACCACCUAGAGUGUAUCCAGCAAUAAAAAAUGGCGAUCCAUUACUUAAACCAAGUUUAGGUUCAAUUGAUUCACGAUACACACCAGAUCCACAUCGUGGACGUACUGCAACAGGUGCUGAUAUUAUAAGGCCGAGAGCCACACCAUCUCGACCAAAUGUAGGAAUGGGUCAACCCAGACCUCGUAUUGUAGUUGCAUUGUAUAAUUAUAACGCCCGCGAGCAUACAGAUGUAUCAUUUGUGAAAGGUGAUCGAAUGGAAAUAAUUGAUGACACAGAAUCAGAUUGGUGGCGUGUUGUACAUUUAGGCACACGACAAGAAGGUUUGAUUCCAUGGAAUUUUGUAGCACCAGAAAAAAGUGUUGAAAGUGAAGAUUGGUUUUUCGAUGGAGUAUCUCGAAAAGAGGCCGAUAAAUUAUUGUUAGCUGAAGAAAAUCCUCGUGGUACGUUUCUUGUGCGCCCGUCUGAACAUAAUCCGCGAGGAUAUUCGUUGUCAGUUAAAGACUGGGAAGAAUCUAGAGGGUACCAUGUUAAACAUUAUAAAAUUAAACCUCUGGAUCAUGGAGGUUUUUAUAUUGCUACAAAUCAGACUUUUAUGUCAUUACCGGCUUUAGUCAUGGCUUAUACCAAAAAUGCUCUUGGAUUAUGCCAUGUAUUAGCAAAGCCAUGUCCUAAACCAAAACCACAAAUGUGGGAUAUUAGUCCAGAAUUACGAGAUAAAUAUGAAAUUCCUAGAUCCGAAAUUCAACUAAUUCGUAAAUUAGGUCAAGGUAAUUUCGGUGAAGUACAUUAUGGUAAAUGGAGAAAUGAGAUUGAGGUUGCAGUCAAAACUUUGAAACCGGGUACCAUGUCAACGGAAGCUUUCUUAGAGGAGGCUGCAAUUAUGAAAAAGUUCCGACACAUGAAUUUAGUUGCACUUUAUGCAGUUUGUACAAAAGAGGAACCAGUGUAUAUUGUCACAGAAUAUAUGUCUAAAGGAAGUCUAUUAGAUUUCUUGAGGCAUGGUGAAGGUCGUGAUUUAAAAUUAGAUGAUUUAGUUUAUAUUGCCGCACAAAUAGCGUCUGGCAUGAAAUAUUUAGAAUUACAACUGUUAAUUCAUCGUGAUUUAGCUGCUAGAAACGUUUUGAUUGGUGAAAAAAAUGUAGCGAAAAUAUGUGACUUUGGUUUAGCAAGAAUAAUUGAAGAUAACGAAUAUUGUCCGAAACAGGGAACACGAUUCCCAAUUAAAUGGACAGCACCUGAAGCAAUCCAAUAUUGUAAAUUUUCAAUAAAAUCAGAUGUAUGGUCAUUUGGUAUACUUUUAAUGGAAUUGUUUACAUAUGGUCAAGUACCAUAUCCAGGAAUGCACACACAGGAAGUAAUCAAAAACGUGGAACGAGGUUAUAGAAUGCCAAAGCCAGUUUCACAUCACUUACCUGAAGACAUUUAUAUAAUAAUGUUAGGUUGUUGGGAUGCAAAUCCACAAAAACGACCAACAUUUGAAUUUUUAUUCCAUUACUUUGAUGCUUACAAUGUUACCUCUGAACUUCCAUAUAGGGAAGUAUUUGACUGAAAAUUUUUUAUUAGAAUAUUUAUUUUUCAAAUAACUUUUAAAAUGGAAAAUGUCAUUUUCAAACUAAUUGUAUAUGUGAUAAAAACA